CUUUGCAAUAUGCGUCUCUUUGUCAGACUACAGCUAUUCCGUCAUCAUGGUAUCUCCUGCUCGUUUGUCGCUGCAGGCCCGUUUGUCACUGAGGCUCGAGUAUAAUUUCACCUUCACCCAACUGCCAAGACGAGGCUGCACCCGGACCAACUCCCACCAUCGCACCAGCAUUGCCGUCGAUAGCUAGUCAAUCAUUCAGUCUGGAUAGUAUCUCACGAUGGCCGACUCAAGCAAUGCGCCGAGACGCGUCUCCAUGGCCUUCAUCCUGGGCUUCAGCAACAAGCCGUUCAAAGAUGGAGGACCGCCUGCCCCAACGCAGCCGCCGCCGCCGCGUCGCCCCAGCGCGUUCAAGAAAAUGGUCACCACGCCAGGCGGCGCCAUUGAGUGGGUUGCGAGUGAUGGACGCCGCGGCAGACUCACUGGCCCAGGCAAGCCACGGGUGAGUACUGCCAAUCCUACUACUACGAAUCAAGACAAUACCGCGGCCAAGAAAGACGCCGAUGAUGAUGCAGGCGGCAUGGGCAUGUUCGGCCUCUUUGAUGACGCGCCUGCUGCGACCCAGACUGAAAAGAAGGCCGCCGACGCAGACAGCGGCUGGACCGACGAGGAAGACAAGAAGCUCCUCGAGCUCCGGAGUGAGAAUCCCGGUCCGUGGAUCGACACUGCAAAUGCAAUGGGCAUGCCCGGGCAGGAUCAGAAGUGUAGAGCGCGCUUCAACAAGAUCAAGCCACCGGGUUGGAAGCCGAAUAAAGCCAAGGGCGGCAACCAGAAGCCGAAGAACGAGAAGAAUCGGAACAACCAGCACAACGCGCAGAAUUUAACCCAGCCUGCAACCGUCACCAACUGGAACACUGGAGGUGGUACCACGGACAACAAGGACACCACGCAAAAUGCCAACAACGGCUGGCCUGAGAUUCCUGCGCUUGCAGAUGAGAACUCGUGGGAGAAAAAUGGUGCCACUGGUGACUGGGACAAGUCGAACAACGAUGCCACCGGUGACUGGGACAAGUCGAACAACGCUACCACCCCAGUCGACACCAAUCCAGCUACCGCUGACGGCAUCUGGGGCGGCUGGGGCGGUCAAGCCGCAGACACAGGCGCGGACAAUAAACCUGAAGGCGACGCUGUCGAAGGCUUCCAGGAUGCGCAAGCCACCUGGGAAACCGGUGUUGACUCGGGCGACAAGGGUACAAACGCAUGGGAUGAUACCAAUAAGGGCUCUGAAGAAACUGGAUUUAAAGAGACAAACGGAUGGGGUACCACUCCAGUUACUGGAGAGAUUGGAGGCAACACUACAGGCGGAUGGGACACCACCGAAGGCGCUCAAGGUGGCGCUGGCGUUGGCUUUAGCGGUGAAGCGGAUACCUGGGCCAACGCUGCCCCGACCUUGGACAGUACCGACAAGAAGAUCGACGGCGGUAACACGACCACGAACUGGGAUACCACUGGUAACAACAAGAAGGACGAUGUCAACACGACGACAAACUGGGACACCACCAAGAAUAACGACACCAGCAACAACACCACGAACUGGCCCAAAAAUCAAACCACCGCUGCCAACAACACCUCAUCCCAUAACAAGUCCUCCAAGCACCACUCCAGGAACAAUUCCUCAAAAGACCCCUCCAAAGACCCCUCCAAGUCCGCUCCGCCAACCUCCUACGAACUCACCCCCGACCAAACAUUCUCCGCCGCCGACCUGCGCCUUAUUGCCCGCAUCCUGCAGCAGGAUUGCCAGCUGGUGUGGGAUAGAGUGAGUUGGCGAUUCAGGGAUAAGACGGGGAGAAAUCUGCUGCCGAGUGUUUUUGAAGAGAAGAUUACUGGGAGGGUGGUCGGUGAGGACCGUGGGGGCGGUCGUCGGUGAGGUGAGACGGCGGGGCGGAGGGUCGGGGUGUGCGCGGACUGGAGUCAGGUACAGGACCGAGUUCGGUCGAAGGAUCCCUUGACGUUCCAGGUUGAUAGCUAGAAGGCGCCUGCUGUGGGACCAGUGCCAAGGGAUCGUUUGUCCGAGCCGUGAGCUGGCGUCUUCCGAGGUGGUGUUCGACCGACGCUCGGUCGAAGACUAUGUAUAAUA